CAUCACUCUCUACCACCCACUGCUCUUAGUUGCAUUCAUUCAUUCAUUUUUUUUAAUUAUCCAUUCGUAAAAAAAAAGAAAAAAAAAAAGAUGCCGCUGUGGUUAUACAUAUUGACAGGCAUAACAGGAUGCACAGCACUCGUAGCCUUGCGUCUCUACUACAUUCUCCCCAUUUUCACACACAACAAGGCCCGCAGCAUAAUCCGAAGAAAGGGCAAGGGCGCCAGACUGCCUGCCAAAAAGAUACUCUGUGUGGUCUUGGGUUCUGGAGGACACACAGCAGAAAUGACGCGGCUACUGCAAGGCGUAGAUUUCGAUCGCUACAACCAGCGACUAUACAUUGUCGGUGACACAGAUCACCUAUCGAUGGACCAGAUUGGCGGCACCCUGGAGGGCAGUCGGGAUCCACUAACCGAAGACUACGUUGUCUGCAGAGUGCCCCGCAGCCGCGCUGUCGGUCAGUCUUGGUGGAGCUCGGUUCUGACUGCUGUACAUUGCUUUGUGUGCGUUUGUCGCCAUAUGUACUUGAACACACCGGAUGCGGUUUUGUGUAAUGGCCCGGGUAAUUGCGUAGUAGUUGGGGUGGUCGCUUGGGUACCGAGGGUUCUGGGGAUAAAGAGGAUUCCUGUCGUUUAUAUUGAGUCGUUUGCUAGGGUGCGGAGCUUGUCGCUUUCGGGGAAAAUCAUGUAUCUGCUGGCGGAUCGCUUUAUUGUGCAAUGGCCAGGGUUGGUGCAAAAUUACCCACGCGCAGAGUAUAUUCCCAACCUUGUUUGAAACACAAAAAAUAUCAAUAUAUUCGAUAAAAUAUAAUAAAAAUAAUCCAAUCUCC